AAAAAAAAAAGAAAAAAAAAAAAUCUGUUUCAGUUUCUGCUACCACACUUUCUCUUCCACAGUUUUGUUAUCUAGAUAUUAUUUUACAUUUGGGAUUAGGAAGAUCUCUCGUUGCUUCUUCUCUCCCAUCUCUCUCUUAGCCAUGGCUGCUUUCACUUGUACCUCUCUUCCUCCCGUUUCCCUCCGUUCUGAGUCCAGAAUCGCAUCAUCCUCUCCCUUGGCUUCACUCUCUGUUCGGCGGAUGUUCACCGUCUCGCCUGAAUCAUCAGGAUUGAGAAUCCGUCUUUCCCACUCUCCUCCUUCGUUGACCUCCAAGGUUCUUCGACUACAGCGAAGACGCAUCGUCUCUGAGGCUCAGGAAACCACUACAGAUAUAGUUUCGAUAGUCAACGACACGACAUGGGACUCUCUAGUUCUCAAGGCGGACGGGCCUGUUCUUGUCGACUUUUGGGCACCAUGGUGUGGACCCUGCAAAAUGAUUGACCCGCUGGUGAACGAGCUAGCACGAGACUACACCGGGAAGGUCAAGUUCUACAAACUGAACACUGAUGACUCUCCUGCAACACCAAGCAAGUACAAUGUUAGAAGCAUCCCAACGAUUAUGAUCUUUGUCAAUGGCGAGAAGAAGGAUGCUAUCAUAGGUGCGGUGCCUAAAUCUACGCUCACUUCUAGCAUUGACAAGUUCUUGCAGUGAGAUCUGUUUCUCUCCCCCCUCUUGUCUUGUGUUCUCUCAUUCUCUCUGUAAUUUGUGUUGUAGCUAUCUGCUUCUUCCAUUGUAUCUUUUCUUCUUCACUGAACAUCUAGACAUGGAUAAAUAAUAUGAUGUCAUGUUAUU